GCGUAUAUUAUUCCUCUAAUCUAUACCCCCUCACCCUCUCGCCGAGACAUUGGAAAUGCAUGAUAUUAUCGUACAAAUUUGGUGAGCUCCUGGUUGUAUACAUCUUGUGCACUUCGUGUUCAUUUUCAAGAGUCCAGGACGGAAACAGAGCUUGGACCAUUGAGCGUGGUUGCAACGUUCCUGUUACCCUUUGCUCAGGGCGUCGACGUGAUUCUAUGAGAUGCGUUACGCAUACUGACUACGUACGACCAAUUGCUACGAGGUUGCGACAGUGAAAGCACAAAUCAAGACGCCAUCUCGAG